ACGCACAGGAGAGGCUCAGAGACGGAGAAACCAGCAUCAGAUCAUCAUAACCUGCGGAGACGAUGGACGCCGCUUACAAGAGAGUGAACGGAGACUACAGCCCGGAGGAAGAGACAGGAGAGCCGGGCACUGGGAAAAGAAGGAACUCGUAUCUGGAGGAAGACACCAGCAGGAAGUCGGAGGUGAUCACCUGCAUCUUUUCCCUGAAGGAGGAGGUUGGAGCUCUGGCUAAGGCCCUGCGGCUCUUUGAGGAUAAUGGCAUCAAUCUGACACACAUCGAGUCCCGUCCUUCACGGAUGAACAAAGAAGAGUACGAGUUCUUCAUCAGUGUGGAGCCCAGCUGCUCUCAGGCCCUGGAUGAGGUUAUCGACAGCCUACGCACGCAGAUCAGCGGCCAUGUGCACGAGCUGUCACGCAACAAGCAAAAGGACACAGUGCCAUGGUUCCCGAAGGACAUCCAGGACUUGGACCGCUUUGCCAACCAGAUCCUUAGCUACGGUUCUGAGCUGGAUGCUGAUCACCCGGGCUUCAAAGAUCCGGUGUACAGAGCCCGCAGGAAGGAGUUCGCUGACAUCGCCUACAACUACAGACAUGGCCAGGCCAUCCCCAGGAUGGAGUACACAGAGGAGGAGAAGGCCACAUGGGGAGUUGUGUUCAGGGAGCUCAAGGCUCUGUACCCGACUCAUGCCUGCCGCGAACACAACCGAGUUUUCCCUCUGCUGGAGGAAUACUGCGGCUACAAGCCGGACAACAUCCCGCAGCUGGAGGACGUCUCCCGCUUCCUGCAGUCCUGUACUGGUUUUCGGCUCCGCCCAGUCGCCGGUCUGCUCUCAUCCCGGGACUUCCUGGCCGGACUUGCCUUCCGAGUUUUCCAUUCCACGCAGUACAUCCGUCAUGGCUCCGAGCCCACAUACACACCUGAGCCGGAUGUUUGCCAUGAACUCCUGGGACACGUUCCUCUGUUUGCUGACCCUGGUUUUGCCCAGUUUUCUCAGGAAAUUGGUCUUGCUUCUCUUGGUGCCCCUGAUGAGUACAUUGAGAAACUCGCUACUGUUUACUGGUUCACCGUUGAGUAUGGCCUCUGCAAGCAAGGCUCCGACAUCAAGGUGUACGGAGCCGGUCUGCUGUCGUCGUUUGGAGAGCUGAAGUACUGCCUAACAGAUAAGCCCCAGCUGAAACCUUUUGACCCGGAGAAGACCAGCCAGCAGAAAUACCCGAUUACUGAGUACCAGCCCGUUUACUUCAUUGCUGAGAGCUUCGAGGAUGCCAAGGAGAAAGUGAGGAAGUUCGCCGCCACCAUCCCCAGGCCGUUCUCGGUGCGCUACAACCCCUACACCCAAAGCAUCGAGGUCCUCAACAACACGCAGCAGCUCACCAACCUGGCAGACUGCGUCCACAGUGAGCUGGGGAAGUUGUGCGAAGCCCUGAAGAAACUGCAGUAGCUGCUGAUCCAGUUCAUAUAAAAUGAUUGUUCAGUUUCUCUUGUUUCUUCUCAGUUUAGCUUAAUGACAAAUAUAGCAUACUGAAUAUUAGGGUAGAAAAUGUAUGAAAUAAACUGUAGCAUGAAAUGUAAACAGGAAUGUUUCGCUCAGUAUUAUAGCUGCAUCAAUGUUACUGAAGUUAUCUUUAAAAAUAGACGUAUUUGGUAGUCAACAUCUUUUAGUUAACUUUUGUUGAAUAUAAAUUUCACUUGUAGCACUUUUCAUUUCUCUGAUUUGUUUCUACCCAUUUUGUAGAGAAGAUUUUUCCUGUUUCCACGUUUUACGUCUGUCUGACAAAUGAUUUUUAUGCAUUAAAAUGUAAUGAAAAUAAA